UGUUGAGUUUGUCAGGACGAGGUUGCUGGAAUUUCACGGGUUGGGGUUGGACUAACGUUACUCGUACUCCGUUUUUCUUGUUGGUUGCCAACCUCGCCAAUUUCUUACUCAUGUGUUACUGUUAACUUGGAAGAGGCCUAUAACGUUUUUGUUGCCAAGGAUUCAUUUAUGUUACUUUUAUGUUAUGAUAGUGAGCUAGCUUUUGCUUGCUGAAUGGCCCAUAGUGCAGAAGUAGCUGGUAAUUGGCAAGCUAGCUAGCUAGCUGGCUACAUGCAGCCGGGUAGCUCGCUAGCUAGCUUGCUACUUAGCGCACCAUUCAAAGGAGGAUUAAGCUAGCUUGCUAAAUAUUUAAAGAGGUGUGUGAAUGCUGUGGAUUAUGACGGAUUGAUGUUGGAAACUCAAAUCUGGAUUUUACUGGGCGGCCAAAAGCAUGCACUUUGUCAAGUCGGACCCACUGGAAAGGAAAUUCCUUGUCACCGUGUCAUGCCACUUCGCCAGCACCAUCGCUACUGUUUUUAAUGGCUUGACACUUGUGUUGUGAUUGUACUUUUUGUAACAAUUUGCAAUGAAUAUUUUUCGCUAGAUUGUCGGCAAUGAAUGUACACAAGUGGAUUUCAGUCUGAUACUUUUUAAACACUUGACCAAGGGCAAACCUGGGCCAAAGCUAAAGAAGGACGGGACAAAAAAGAAACACUACUCUCCGUUCAUAAAGAAAACAUGGCCUCAGUUUGGAAAAGGCUGCAACGUGUGGGGAAACACGCGUCCAAAUUUCAAUUCGUGGCUUCCUACCAGGAACUCAUGGUGGAAUGCACAAAGAAAUGGCAGCCGGACAAGCUGGUGGUGGUAUGGACACGCCGCAGUCGACGGAAAUCCUCCAAGUCUCACAGUUGGCAGCCUGGAAUCAAGAACCCGUACCGAGGGGUUGUGGUGUGGCCCGUCCCAGAGAACAUCGAGAUCACGGUCACGCUGUUCAAGGAUCCUCACGCUGAAGAGUUUGAGGACAAGGAGUGGACAUUUGUCAUCGAAAAUGAGUCCCCGUCGGGCCGGAGGAAGGCGCUGGCCACCAGCAGCAUCAACAUGAAGCAGUACGCCAGUCCCAUGCCCACGCAGACUGACGUCAAGCUCAAGUUCAAGCCCCUGUCCAAGAAGGUGGUGGCCGCCACUCUGCAGUUCUCUCUCUCCUGCAUCUUCUUGAGAGAGGGCAAAGCCACUGAUGAGGACAUGCAGAGCCUGGCCAGCCUGAUGAGCAUGAAGCAGGCCGACAUCGGCAACCUGGACGACUUUGAGGAGGAGAACGAGGAGGACGAGGAGAAUCGGGUCAAUCAGGAAGAGAAAGCCGCCAAGAUCACCGAGCUGAUAAGCAAGCUGAACUUCAUGGAGGACGACGACCAGGACCCCUCCAAUCUGAGCACCAACCCCUUUGACGAGCCAGAUGACCCGAACGACUUCAACCCCUUUGGUGACCCCGACGAGGAAGAACCACCUCCACGGCCCACCUUCAGAUCCAGUCCAAAGGUGGAGGACAACUCCUACGACCCGGAUCCCCACAACCCGUUCGACGAGCCCGACCCCGACCCGGAGCCGGAGCCGGAGCUCCAGGGAGGGGGGAACCCGUUCGAGGAUCCCGACGCGGAACCCGAGCAGGAACCGCAGCCUCAGCAAUCACCGCCGCGGCCCAGCAAGAGGAAGAACGUGCGGCCCGUGGACAUGAGCAAGUACCUCUACGCAGACACCUCCAAGGCUGACGAGGACGAGCUGGAUGAGUCCAAUCCCUUCUAUGAGCCCAAGACCUCCAGCCCUGCCCAGCCCUCGCCUCCAUCCCCAGCCCCUACCAAGCGUCGGGCCCCUGCUCCCCCCAGCAUGGCCCCUCAGGCCCCAGCACCAAAGACGGCCCCGGAGCGGGUGCCCAGUGGCCCGGCGGCCGUGGCCGCUGUGGUGGGGAGAGAGCUGGCCUCCUCCUCCUCCCCGAAGCCGAGUCCCAUCCCCAGCCCUGUGCUUGGAGGGAAGCCCAAUGCCAGUCAGUCCCUGUUGGCGUGGUGUCGCGAGGUGACCAAGAACUACCGCGGUGUCAAGAUCACCAACUUCACCACGUCCUGGAGAAACGGCCUGGCGUUCUGCGCCCUGCUCCACCACUUCAGGCCAGACAUGAUAGACUACAAGUCGCUCAAUCCUCAGGACAUUAAAGAAAACAACAAGAAGGCGUACGACGGCUUCGCCAGCCUGGGCAUCUCGCGCCUGCUGGAGCCCUCGGACAUGGUGCUGCUGGCCAUCCCGGACAAGCUGACGGUGAUGACCUACCUGUACCAGAUCCGCGCCCACUUCAGCGGCGAGGAGCUCAACGUGGUGCAGAUCGAGGCCAACAGCAGCCGGAGCACCUACAAGGUGGGCGACUUCGAGACGGACACCAACAGCUCCAUCGACCAGGACAAGUUCUACGCCGAGCUGCACCCGGUGAACCAGGCCGCCGACGGCGACGACGCCACGGCCACCGCCGAGACCAACGGCGCGCCCAAGGGCCACGGGGACGAAUCCGAGCCGAUGGAGGAGGAGGCGGCGGCGGCGACCUUGGCGGCUUCGGCCGUGCCGACCAGGGAUCUCAACAGCAGCCCGGCCACGUUCUCAGCUGCGCCCGUCGCCAGAGAGCGAGCGGCGUCCCCUCCGAUGGCGUCGCCCCGUGCGAUGGACGUGCACCCCAGACCUGCCCCGAGGACAGCCGCCUCGGGCGCGGAUGCCAGCAGUGCUGGCCGAUUCUCGCCCGAGCCGCGACCGUUGCAGAAGGCCGACACCCUGGACAUGGGCGACUUGCCCCAGCGGGUGGAGAGACGCCAGCAGGACGCCACCACUGCCAUCACGGGGCCCGCGGACAGGGACGCGGACAGGGGGCACCAGGGGCCCGCCGAGCCCGAGAGAGAGUCCCCGGGGCACCGGUUUGGCCCCUCGCCCCCCCACAAGCUGGGCUUCACCUACAACCGCGACGCCGACCUCAUCAAGAAGAAGAGGGCCAGCCUGAGGCACUCGGAGUCGGACACCACGUCCGACAGCAGCACCUCGCCGCCACCACCACCACCCCCCCAGAACCACACCACAGACACCCCCGCCAGAUCACCACAGGAGGCUGCACCUGUCCUGUCUCCCAGUCCCUCUGAGGAAAAGAGGGUGCUGUCCCGUCAGGAGGAGCUGAAGGAGAGGGCCCGGCUGCUGCUGGAGCAGGCCCGGCGAGACGCCGCCAUGAAGGCCGGCAGCAAGCACACGGCCCAGAGCACGCCCGCACGGACGCCGCAGAUCACGGACGAGCGGGACGAGGAGCGUCGGCGGCAGCUGCGGGAGCGCGCCAGACAGCUGAUAGCGGAGGCGCGCUCGGGCGUGAAGAUGGCCGAGCUGCCCAUCUACGGAGCCGACGCGGCAGCCACAUCAGCGGCCGGCAAGUUGAAAGGAAGGUCAAAGGCAGCUGGAGGUGUGCUGAACAGCCGUCACGUGGACCUGAAGCUGAAGAAGCUGGUGGACGUGCGGCCGCAGGGAGGCAGCUCUCCUUCGUCGUCAUCCUCCUCUUCCUCGCUCACAGCCUCCACCACCUCACCCAUGAGCCCCACAGAGACCCUAGAGCAGGAGCAGUGUGACCAGGAGCUGAGAGCGGAGCGUCUGCGCCGGGCGUCGGAGCGUCUGCGCAGCCCGGUGGUCUUCAACAAGGAGUCGGCGGUGAGGAAGACCCAGCUCAAGUCCUUCAGCCAGUACGUGGAGACCAGGCCAGAGGUAAAGCGUCAGCGAUCGGUGCCUGAGGACCCGAGGAGGCCGAACGAGGAGCGUGCGGCGCUACCGGAGAUGGAGGGGCGGCGGCCGUAUGAAGAUGAAAAAGCGUUCAAAGACACCAGUCAGUAUGUGGUGGGAGAGCUGGCAGCGCUGGAGAGCGAGCAGAAGCAAAUUGACACCCGGGCGUCGUGUGUGGAGAAGAGGCUGCGCUAUCUCAUGGACACAGGGAAUAACAAGGAGGAGGAGGAGGCCAUGAUGCAGGAGUGGUUCAUGCUGGUCAACAAGAAGAACGCACUGAUCAGGAGGCAGAAUCAGCUCUCUCUGCUGGAAAAGGAACAUGAUCUUGAGAGACGCUUUGAGCUGCUGAACCGGGAGUUAAGAGCAAUGCUGGCGAUUGAAGACUGGCAGAAGACGGAGGCCCAGAAGCGGCGUGAGCAGCUACUCCUGGACGAACUGGUCAUACUGGUCAACAAGAGGGACGCCCUGGUGCGGGACCUGGACGCGCAGGAGAAACAAGCCGAGGAGGAGGACGAGCACCUGGAGAGAACUCUGGAGCAGAACAAGGGCAAGAUGGCCAAGAAAGAAGAGAAGUGUGUCCUUCAAUGAUUGUCAUCCUUUCUUGUUUUGUUUGUUUGUUUGUUUGUUUGUUUGUUUGUGGAGGAAAACAACAAUACGACAGUUAUUUUUUAGUACGUAUGUAAAGAGAUUCAUCAGCAGUAGAGAUUUUGAGAUGCCCCCAUUGUUUCAUUUAAUUUUAUGACAUGUGACCCUUUGAAAAAAAAAAAAGAUCCAGUCCUUUAUCUCCAGGGCAGAGCAAACUUAGAAGAGGGUUUCAUGUGUCCGCCCUCUCAUGCUUUGUACUGAGUUUAUACUGAGAACAUUUCUUCCACUUAUAAAAUAUAUAUCAUUUUUUGUUUCUUUUUUGUUUGCUUUGUCAAACAAGGUACUUGUAUGUCACACACACACACACACACACACACACACACACACACACACACAGCCCCAGUGCAAAACUUAUCUUGAAUCAGAAAUACUGUGUACUGAUUCUUCGAGAAGGGGGUGGGGUGGGGGGUAGGGGUAUUAAGCAGCUUUUGAAUUUGAAUCAGAAUGGUUUCUACAGACGCAUAUGGCCUUGUCAGUCUGAAUGUGUUUUAAUCCUGACAGUGGGACUUGUUUUUAAGAAAAAAAAAUGUAGGUACAGCACAAGUUGUUUUAUCUGGGGGUCUUUUAUUACCAUAAUUUUAUGGGACUACAUUUCAAAAGGAAAUCAUAUAAUUUCAAACUGACAAAACAAGAUGAACACAACUAAUACUGUCCUCGUUCAUUUGCAAGCAAUGUUUGUUACUUGAUGAGCUUUUAAAGUACUCUAGAUUUUAGGGUUUUACAAAUGAAACAUUUAAAAAGGGCCAUGUGGUGCAUUUCAGAAAGCAGACAUUACUCUGUGGCUUUUGUGACUUUUAUUUUGUGCUUGAACACAGUUUACCAAAUUUUUCUGUGGUGCAGAGCCACAAUGCAUGGACUGUAGACCCGGGAGCGGACUAUCUUGUUGUAUAUUUUUCAUCACUAGUCUGAGAUAGCUUGCAGCAGGGGAAAAAUACUUUAAUUUCCACAUUCAGCAGAGAGCAGAGUAAUUAUUUAUUGCGGUGUGCCCUUUGAGCCACAACUAAAGUAACUAACAUCAUGUGCAUUUGCUCAAGGAGGUUGUUUAUAUUUAUUGUAAACUUUAAAGAAGAGAAUUAUCAUUUCAUUUGCAAGCCUCACUGGGGUUUUUUUUCACAUCUGUUGCAGCUGUAUUAUUGUGCAAGCAUUUACCUGUUUAUUUAUUCCAAUGUCAUAAAAUACCAGUCAUCAAUAAAAAUCCCAAUGCUUUCAUACUCAAA